AAAGAUAAAUCAAAAACUGCUUUACAUUAUAAAAAUGCUUCAAAGAAAGGAAAUUGUACUGCAAUGUUUUAUUUGGGUUGGUGUUAUGAAAAGGGUUUCGGUGUGGUAAAAGAUUAUGAUCAAGCAAUGAAUUUAUAUGAAAAGGCUGAUAAAAAUGGAAAUUUAUUGGCAUUUUAUUCCUCGGAUAGGCUACAAAGAAAGAUUAAUAAAAGUGCGUCACAACCACCAUCUGAACCUUCGGUAUCAUCACCACAAUCGGAUUCUCAGGAGGAGGAAACAGAUUCUGUUUCAUCACAG